AUGCUGCAUGUGUGGCUGCCUUCCGGCCAGAAACUGCUUAGCACGGAGGUGGGUGAAGCGAAGGAUGUACUGACGCUGAAGACGCGGCUGCAGAAACUCUGCGGGCGGUCACGCUUUCAGCAGCGCCUCCUGCAUGAAGGUCUCGAGGUAGCAGACUUCAGCAUGGAGGCUCCUGUGGAUCUACAGCUCGUUCUUCUUCCGUUCAUUGGUGCUUCGGAGGAGCAGAGGGAUGAGCUCGGAGCCUGCGCGGGCAGCGGUUUUUUGACACAGGUUGAAGAGAUUCUCCAUCGUCCACAAGAUCCCAACUUAGCUUGCCGCUUCGAACGCUUUGCGAUCACGUGGCCUCUUUGCCUGGCAGCUGAACGCGGUGCAGAGACGGUAAGUGCACUUAUCCAGGCAGGGGCUGACGUCAAUCUGGAGGCCGGCGCGGACGUGAACGCAGUUUCCAAAACCUUGGGUCUGACACCCCUUGCAUUUGCUGCUUGUUGGGGGCACGUGGAAAUGGCACGGCUGUUCAUUCAAGCCAUGCCGGGUGGCACCGGUGCCUACCUGACAGGCGCCGCGAUAAUUGCAGCUGCUAACAAAGGCCAUGUGGAGAUCGUGCGCCUGCUUGUGGAGGUGCAGACUGACAAGGACUCAAGCAUCAAGUUGACCUUACUGGCCCUGCUCUGUGCAACAUGCCAUAACCGUGUCGAAAUCGUGCCCUGGCUACCCAUGUAG